AUGGCAACAACAGUCGCAGGCGGAGCAGCCGACGCAGGUGGAGCAGCUGCAGACGCUGCAGGAAUGACAACAGCAGGUGCCAUUCCAUUAUUUCAAGUUGAGGAAAUUACAAACCUCGUCAUUUGUGCUGCCGCUGCAGUUUUCCUGUUCUCUAAGCUAUUUUGGAGUGGUGUCAGAGGUUUCGUAUUCGGAACAGAUGAACAGAAAUGCGAUCACGCUUGCUGCCGCUCUGACAGCAAGCGAUUUCUUUAUAGAAUUAUUAGACGUGGAGUACGUGGCGGCCAUUUGGCUGGAAACCGCAAUCCCUCUCGACUGCGCUACAAUGUGCGUAAAGAUGGACAUAGAUAUGUCGCCGUCAUUUUCUCCGCUUGCGGAAACGGUGAACGUGCCGGUGAACACUUUGUCGCGAUCUCAGAAAUAAGAUUCAAAAUGGCAACAACAGUCGCAGCCGGAGGAGCCGACGCAGGUGGAGCAGCUGCAGACGCUGCAGGAAUGACAACAGCAGGUGCCAUUCCAUUAUUCCAAGUUGAGGAAAUUACAAACCUCGUCAUUUGUGCUGCCGCUGCAGUUUUCCUGUUCUCUAAGCUACUUUGGAGUGGUGUCAGAGGUUUCGUGUUCGGAACAGAUGAACAGAAAUGCGAUCACGAACAACCAUUACAACAAAAUUUACCUCAAAAUUCCUUGCUGAAGAUAGAACCAUUUGUUCCUACUUUUAAUACACGUUUACGUCGGCCUAUUGGUCGCUCUUAUAGUACAUUAAGUUCAACAUACAUUAAGGCUGCAACUAAUCUAAGCGGUCUACACAUCGUCAAGAAAAAUGAAGUUAGAAAUGCAGGUUUAGUAGUGGGCGCUGCUAUUGAAGUCGCACUGCCAAAAACAACACGAAACCCAGUUGGACACUUACGUAGCAGAUAUCAUAAUAUUAAGACCAUCACACGACAACGUUCUAAAUCCACAUCGUCAUCGUCGGCGUCAGCAUCAAACCGUUUAGCCGCUGCCAAAGGCAAUAGCAACAAUAUUAGCCACAAUAAUACUAACGGCAAUAAUGUGUCUUACUCGAAUAAUGUCAAUAUUGUAACUGCAAUCAAUACCAAUGGCGCAAUUGUUACACCACAACCGAAUGGCAUUUGUCGCAUAGCACGUCUACUCAAAGAACAAGAAAAAUUACCGGAUCGUAUAAAUUAUGACCGUCGUGGACUUUCCGCAAUUCCAAUAUUUGAAAAUGAACCAAAUCUGCGUUUGCUUUCAUUGCAGCAUAACUUAAUCAAUGUGUUCCAUAUACCAAAGGAAAGCACUGCCUUUUAUAUACCAGAAACUGUGACUCAACCAACUAAGCUGGAUGAUGUAGCCUAUAACUGCAAUUUUGGUCAGCGUUUAAAUCGGCAAAUCAAUGCUAAUCACCAACUAAGAACACAACAUGGUAGUGUCAGCCGUUUUACUUUAGCAUUGACUUCACCGAAAUCGAGCAAGUCAAGCAAUUCAUUGGCAAACAAACAGAGUCCGACACAAAUAAGAGCAUUUCCAAUACCGCCUCCACCACCACCAUCUACACCCCCACCUUUAACAACCUAUACAAUACAGAUUGGCAACAGUAACAAUGCAAGCAGCAUACAUACAAAUCAAUUACUUAAACGUAACGGCAUGUUGCAGCAACUAAAAAACAAUGGCACACAACUAACGCCUUCGACGUACUACCAUCAGCAGCAACAGCAACAACAACAGCAACAGCAAUUGCAGUACCGGUUCGCUGCGUUAAAAAAAUCGAAAAGUUUCGUAACUAACUAUUCCAGGCACUUGCAAAGCAUCAAAAGAAAUUUACAGAAAUCCGGUCUGGCAAAGGUCGAUGGAAAUGUAUUCGCCACAAAUGGUGGGACACAACUCAAAAGUUUCGACUCAAACGCAAGUGGCUUAACUUCAGAUUCUGCAUCAGCCUCAGCCUCAGCCUCAACUUUAAUCAUCAGUGAAAGUGGGGAUGAAGAGCAACAAAGACAGCAACUAGAAAUUAAAAACAAACAGUUAACUGCAUCGUAUGGAGCGAUUUUUCACAACCUCGUAUUUUUAGAUUUGUACAACAAUCAAAUUGAGCGAAUCGGCAAUUUGGAUGGACUACCAACAUUAUCGGUGCUGCUGUUAGGGAAGAACCGCAUCACGGAUAUUAGUGGGCUGCAUUCUCUACGUCAAACGCUACGUGUACUGGAUUUGCAUGGCAAUAAAAUUAUAAGCAUCAGCAAUAAAAUCAAUUGUCUACUGGAGUUGAAAUCCCUUAAUUUGGCCGGCAAUCAGAUACGCCAAAUCAAUCAUAAUGACUUCAAUGGUUUGCUCAAUUUGAAGGAGCUUAAUCUUAAGCGCAACAAAAUCCGACGCAUUAAUGGACUUCAAGAUUUGACAGCAUUGGAGCGUCUUUGGCUGUGUCACAACGAAUUGCAACGUGUGGAGGAUAUGACGAGCAUAGCAAAAGCAGCCAAUUUAUUAGAGGUAACCAUAGAAAAUAAUCCUGUGUCAUUAGCUGGUGAUUGUGUGUCAUUCUUGGUAAGUUAUUUGCCACAUUUGCAGUCACUCAGUCAGAUGCCAAUUACGGAGCAGGUGAGACAGGCAGCAAUGACUUGGCGUAAAAACAAGGAAAUUUCAGAUGCAAACAAUGCAAGCCAUUCAGCAGAUGGCUUUACUAACAUUCGCCGAGAGGAAGUAAUAUCGAAUGCACGUACCAAUUGGGAACUGCUGAGGUCACAGCAAACAGUGCAUAAUGUAUUGCGGAAUCAACGCUGCAUGAAACCGAAUGAGUUGGAAAAAAUAAAUGAAUCAAAUGAGAUAAACACAGGCAGCGUUGAAAUGCAAGAGUUAAUAAAGUUGCCGCCAAUACAACAAAACAUAUCGCAACCACAGCCGCAGGAACAACAAACAAUACAAACCAAUAGCACAAUUGAGCAGAAGGAGAAUAAUGGGCGCUUAUCACGUUCAUCAGGUUCGAGUUUAGGUCCAAAUGUGGACUCAUCUUCUAGCUGCUACAGUACUGAAAACGAAGCGGAACAAUCAAACAACUCUACGGAGAAAUCGGGGUCCAAAAAUAAAGGUAAGAAACAAAACAAUACAGAAAGCUUAACCGAUCAAAAGCAGCAAAUUUAUAAAUUAAAACAGAAGAAUUUAGUACUAAAAACGGAUAGCGAUAUUUUAACUAAAUCCGUUGAAUUAAAGCAGCAUCCCAAUACUCCUGCAACACCAACGAAAUCCAAUAAGUAUACUUCUGCUAAUACUUCUGAAAAUUCCACAAUAACUGCAACUACAACAAAUGAGAAAUCAAAAGCUCCACCGCAGUUAACCACGUUGAAUUCCAAUCAAACAACUAGCAAUUUAUCAGCGCGCAGCAACUCAAAUAUAAAUCUAACAGUGCUGCCACAAACAGAUAUGGCAGUUGCAGCGGUAACAGCAAGCAACGUGCCACGCACAAAAACAAAUACACAAUCAAAUAGUCAGCCUUAUCCUUCAGUGCCUACUCCACCAAUUACCGUCAACAGCAACAUAUUAAACUUAGGAUUGCCAGCAACAACUACAGCAACUACUAACGUUGUAACUACUCCUGUUGCCACAACCGGCACAUGCAAACGCUACAUGCCAGGCAGCUUAAUGAGAUCGCAAACUAUAGCCAGCAGUAGCAGCAACAGCAACAGCAACAGCAGCGCCAACAAUGCACUACAAGCUGCCAGUAACGGGUAUGCAUCCAAUGUUACAGCCACGCCCACCUACACCACUACAACUGUAACCAAUAAUAAAAUUACGCCAGCAACAAAUUCGACAACAACAGCAACUACUUUGGCGACUGCAACUGCGACCGGACCUGCUGUAGUCACAACGAGCACUAAACACGCGGAUAGAGAACGCGACCGUGAACAGGGCGGCGACUAUCUGAUCGAGAUUUGUGGUCGUUAUCUGAAUAUUUAUGGUCAGGGCGCUCUACGAUUUAUAGACAAGCAAUGGAAUUCGACAAAGGCAAGUGAUGUCCAUACAUUAAAUUUUAGUUACAUUAAUUUUGACAGUGUUACGACAGUGUUGCCUCGUAUUAAGUUUCGUUUUCCUAAUGCUGAAAACUUUGUAUUCCGCGAAACGAACAUCAGUUGCCUGGGUCAGUUGAACGCGUUAGGUGAGUUGCAGGGCAUCACCUCGUUGUGCAUUGACCCGGAAGGCAACCCAGUCACAACAAAGUAUUUGUGGCGUCAGUAUGCUGUGUAUCGGUUGUCGCAUUGGGGUCUCAAGCAAUUGAACGGUGUCGAGGUAACAGAGGCGGAUAUCGAGAAGGCAAAUAUCAUAUACGCUGGCUUGUCGGAUUUAGUGUUAUGGUCGAUGCCGGAAGUUAUGCUCCAGCCAUUGUUGGCACGUUUGCGUUUGGAUGAAACGUGUACAGCAAGUAAAAUGUCACCCAAAGAAUGGCUGGCGAAAGAAGAAAAUAAGUCGCUACGUUUGGUUGUAGGCAAGGAAGCAUUGCAAUGGAAAAAAUCUAACAACACCAACAAUAUCAGCAACAAUGCCAACAACAGUAGCAACAAUCACACUGCAGUUGGAGCACUUGUAACUCAAAACACUUCCGCACUUAGCACGCGUGAACGCGGUAAAAUACAUUUUGCGUUAUUGCUGGAAAAUACAUGCAAUGCAAUUGAAAAACUUCACAAGCUGGAAACUUUAUGGCCAAGUCUUCUGUUGGAUAUUGUGCGCAACACGUUGCUCGAUUAUUCGCAAAUGGACGUUUAUGUGUGUAAUUUAAUGGAUGAGAUUAUGAAGUGAGAAUGAUUAGA